AUGAGAAACUCCAAGAAGCGACCACGUACCAUGAGCCACGAAAUACCGUCAAGAGACUUGUUUUAUCAAACUCCAACAGAUUAUUCCGAGGACGAGACUCAACGAAUCUUCGAUUUCAUGAAGAAACUGAAACAGGCCGAUGAUGAAACACGCAUCUACAAUCGCUUCUGCUUUGCGAUUCAAUGUUAUCGAUCUGGUUAUGAAACCUACAUCAGUCUCGAAAACCAUCUCCUUUCGAUUCUCCGUGAUCACCAAGGUUUACGCAACGAGUUCCAUCAGCUUAAGUCGGGUUUUGCUUCUCCUCUAAUAAGACACAACAAGAAGAAUGAGAACGUGCUAUCAGACGUGGAACGUACGGUCGGGUUCUUGAAGAAAAUCGAAGGCCUAGGCGAUCGUGUGUACAAAGCGUUUAUAAGUGCGUUAGCGUUUUUCGGUGAUACCGAGACUCUGAUUGAACAACUCGACGAGAUUCUACGCGACCACACGUCUCUAAAAGAGGAGUUUGAAACAUUCUUAGUCGAUUCCCGUUUACUCAAACGCAAACGCGAAGAAAGCGUGGAGGUCACGCCAUCGUAUCAGAUUAGACCUGAAGCUGAAAAGGGGUCUUCCUCUGGUGGAGUUUUAAACGACAAGUACUAUUUGGUCAGUCCUUAUGAUCCUGACGUCGCAUCGCAGAAGAGGAUCAAGCGUUGCCUCAAUAAGACAAGGAAUAACCUAGAGGACAAACUUAUGAAGGAAGACAUGCUCUUACGUGACCUAGAUGCGGUUAUUAAGUUCGGUAAAGAUCCGAACUUCUCUGAGAAGCCUCCACUAGGAUUUAACAGAGUCUUGGCAUGGUUUUUCGGAGGUAAGGAGGUGCCACAAGAAUAUAAGACACAUCCGAAACGUGCGGCAAUAAAUAUGUUACCUAGGAUGCAGUAUACGCAUGAGGAGAUGACAGGGGCGAAAACAAGCAGGUUGAUAAGUGUCUAUAACCGUGCGAGUCGGAAGUGUAAUGUUAAGUAG